AUGGAAUUAACACAAGAAAUAUUUGACAUGGAUUUUACCACUGAAGGCAGACUGGGAAUGCGAUGUCUGCUGCUCUCCUUUAUUCUCCUCAUAGCCUGGGAGGCGGGGAGCGGCCACCUCCACUACUCGGUCCCCGAAGAGGUCAAGCACGGCACCUUCGUGGGCCGCAUCGCCCAGGACCUGGGAUUGGAACUGGAAGAGCUGGUGCCGCGCCUAUUUCGGGUGGCGUCCAAGGACCACGAGGAUCUUCUGGAGGUAAAUCUGCAGAAUGGCAUUUUGUUUGUGAAUUCUCGGAUCGACCGGGAGGAGCUGUGCGGGCGGAGUGCGGAAUGUAGCAUCCACCUGGAGGUGAUCGUGGACAGGCCACUGCAGGUUUUCCAUGUAGAGGUGGAAGUGAGGGACAUUAACGACAACCCCCCGGUGUUCCCGGUAAAGGAACAAAGAGUGCUGAUUUAUGAAUCUAGGCUGCCAGAUUCUCUGUUUCCACUGGAGGGCGCAUCAGAUGCAGAUGUUGGAUCAAAUUCCAUCUUAAACUAUAAACUCAGUUCCAGCGAAUACUUUGCAUUAAACACGAAAACAAACAGUGAUGAAAAUAAACAAAUUGGACUCGUGAUAAGAAAAUCCUUGGACAGAGAGGAUGCUCCUGAACAUAAUUUACUCCUGAUAGCCACCGAUGGAGGCAAACCUGAGCUCACGGGCUCUGUUCAGCUGCUGGUCACUGUGCUGGACGUGAACGAUAAUGCUCCUAGUUUCGAAAGGUCUGAAUAUGAAGUGAGACUAUUCGAAAACUCAGACAAAGGAACUACAGUUGUGAGACUGAAUGCUUCUGAUCGGGAUGAAGGAACGAACGGGGCAAUUUCCUACUCUUUUAAUAGCCUUGUUCCACCCAUGGUUACUGACCAGUUUAGUCUAGAUGCAAACACUGGAGAAAUAACAAUUCAAGGGAAUUUGGAUUUUGAACAAGUAAGUUUAUACAAACUCCGCAUUGACGCGAUGGACAAAGGCCACCCUCCAAUGGCGGGUCAUUGCACCGUUUUAGUGAAAGUUUUGGAUGAAAAUGAUAAUGUUCCUCAGAUUGCAGUGACGUCCUUAUCCUUGCCUGUCCGGGAGGACGCUCAAUUUGAGGAUGCACAACUUGGAACAGUUAUUGCUCUGAUCAGUGUGACUGACCUAGAUGCAGGCGUGAAUGGACAAGUGACCUGCUCCCUGAUGCCUCAUGUCCCCUUCAAGCUAGUGUCCACUUUCAAGAAUUACUAUUCGUUGGUGCUGGACAGUGCCCUGGAUCGCGAGACUGUAUCUGACUAUAAAGUGGUGGUGACCGCCAGGGACGGAGGUUCACCUUCGCUGUGGGCCACCACCAGUGUGUCUGUGGAGGUGGCUGACGUGAACGACAACGCACCGGCUUUUGCACAACCCGAGUACACUGUGUUCUUGAAGGAGAACAACCCGCCAGGCUGCCACAUCUUUACAGUGUCUGCGCAUGACGCGGACGCUCAGGAGAACGCUCUGGUGUCCUAUUCUCUGGUGGAGCGUCGGGUGGGCGAGCGUGCGCUGUCGAGCUACGUGUCAGUGCACGCGGAAAGCGGCAAGGUGUAUGCGCUGCAGCCUCUGGACCACGAGGAAUUGGAGCUUCUGCAGUUUCAAGUGAGCGCACGCGAUUCUGGCGAUCCGUCACUUUGCAGCAACGUGACAUUACAGGUGUUCGUGUUGGACGAAAAUGACAAUGCGCCAGCGCUGUUGGGGUCUGGGACGGGGGACGUGAGCUUAGUGGUGACCCAGCUGGUGCCUUGGUCUGUAGGUGCAGGCCAUGUGGUGGCAAAGGUGCGCGCUGUGGAUUCAGACUCAGGUUACAAUGCAUGGUUGUCUUAUGAGCUACAGACGUCGGUGGGCGUCGCUCGCAGUCCCUUCCGCGUGGGACUGUACACCGGCGAGAUCAGCACAACUCGCGCCCUGGAUGAGACCGACUCGCCGCGUCAGCGCCUUUUGGUCCUGGUGAAGGACCAUGGGGAGCCAGCGCUGACUGCCACCGCCACAGUGCUGGUGUCUCUGGUGGAAAGCGGCCAGACCCCAAAGACCGCUUCUAGAAGCUUGGCGGGUACUGCCAGCCAGGAGGCAACGCUGGUGGAUGUCAACGUGUACCUGAUCAUUGCCAUCUGCGCAGUGUCCAGCCUGUUGGUGCUCACGUUGCUGUUGUACAUAUCAUUUCGGUGUUCAGCGGCGCCCACCCAGGGCGAGUGCGGGUCUGGGAAACCCAUGCUGGUGUGCUCCAGCGCGGUGGGCAGCUGGUCGUACUCGAAUCAGCGACGACAGAGGGUGUGCUCUGGAGAGGUCCCACCCAAGACCGACCUCAUGGCCUUCAGCCCAGGUCUUCCUCCGUGUCCUGGAUCUGUAGAAGGAGUGGGAGAACCACCUGUUGUUUUGGACUCCCCUGGGAAGAGACAAGAAAAGUCUCAGCAUGUCCAAUAG